UGAGAUCUACGAUUCAGAUAAGAAAGAGAGAUAAGAGAUGGAGUUCGUAGAUGGUAGAGAAACGAGAAGACGCGACAAAGGAGAAGACGCGACGUCAACACCACCACAACUACCAUCGUUCGUUACUAUCACCACCAUCGCCAUCUCUCCCAUCCCCAAUCGCUCGUCACCACCACCAUGGCUUCUAAGAUCCGUCUUCACCGGAGUCGUCACCACCACCUUCACGCUCGUCUCUUCCCUCUUUCUCUCGGAGAGAGUAAACCUGCUGAGUUUCUCGCCGACGUCUUGGUGGUCACAGAGAGAGAUUGUGGAGAAGAUGAUUGAAAUGAUCGACUCUGGUUUUGAUUGUGGGAAUGUGAUAUGUGCCAGAUAUGACAAGACCUUGUUUCUAGGAAAGCAAUGCCAGCAAGUGUGGACCUCCUCUAUGACAUCUCAGAUGAUGUAUGAGAACAGAGGCUUAAGUCGGAGUUGGCAGAGAAAGCUAGCGGUGGUGGUGUAGGCCUAAUGGAAGAAAGUAUGCUGCUCUCUCUAGUGCUUUGGGUACUUUACCUUGGGAAAAGCCUCAAUCUUCUGAAUUUGAGCAACUAGGGAAAGUGAAUACGCGGCAUGGACACUUGCCAAUGGCUAUGCACUUAACCACGUCACUAUCUCUGUCCAUCGGCUUAAAUCUCAUCCAAACAAGAAGAAGAAGAAGAAGAGAAGAAAGAGACAGGAAGAAGUAGACUACGGAACUGCGAUGGGAGGGAGACCGCAGCUUAGAGCUUUAAGUUUUGGUUUAUUAGGCUUGGUUCAAUUUUUGUUUUGGUUUAUUUAGGUUUGGUUAAUUAGGUUUUGGUUUAAUUUUUUGGUUAAUGUAUAAACUGAUUUUAUUUGUAAACAAAAUUUAAUUAAUAAAUAAAAUUUAAUUUUUAA